CAGCGAAGUUCCGCUUGUGGGCUGCCCCCGCGACCGCUGCCGUCGCCGCAGGCGUCGUCGAGGAUGGGGCGCAUCGCAAGGUGGCUGCCGCUACUCGCCCUCGCAAAGCAAUCAAGAGAGGAGACGCCCAUACAACUAAACACCGCCGUCGACGCCGUGCAGCUCCCGGCCGCCGACGAGCCCAUCAAACUCACGACGGCCAACACCACAACACAAACGAAAAACGUGUCCGGGCCGGCCUUCGACGCGCUCGACGUCCGCGCGGAACUCUUAGCGCCGCGCGAGGGCGCGUUAUUGGCCUUGGACUCCUUCGAGGUUGGGAUAAAUGUCUUCACGCCGGACCCGGACGUGUUCGAGGACUACUACAAAGGAUCAAGAGUGUGCGCGCGGUUGGAUCAGGGCCCCUGGGCCUGCUGGUCCGUCUUCGACAUGCAGCGGCCGCCGCUCUUUGCUCAUGUCAAGCCGGGUCCCCACCAGUUGGAAGCCGUACUGACGGACCCGCGGGGAGACGGUAGAAGUAUUCUACGAAGGAGCUGGUCCGGUGUGAGACGGUUCCGCGUCGCAUCUGUAGAAGAGAUGCCGCAGGAGGACGUUUCGACGGUGACCGAGACGGAAGCUCAACCAGAAGCCGUCGAGGCCGAGUCCAUGCCCAUGCCUCGAUUACAGAUCGACCAGCCGCGCGAGAUGCAGCCGUUACCACCGUCCUUCGAGGUCGGGUUUGGGGUGGAGAGCGCGGCGCCCGACGAGUUUCGGCGAUUAUUCAAGCACGGCCACGUGUGCUUUGAACUCACAAUAUCGCCAUCAGAAGCUCCAGAACCUUCCAGUGGUGUACCAUGCUGGGCCGUUUUUGAAAAUGCGCGGAAGCCCUUGUUCGCUGCGUUAGGUGAUGGCUUCUAUACUUUGAGAGGCUGGCUCCUCCAUCCGGAUAGCAGGCAGCUCGUCGCGCCGACCCAGAGCGGAUUAAGGGCGGUCGUGACGUACGCGUCGACGACGCCGCAAGGAUUAGCUCGCGACUCGUCGUCUCCUGACGCGAAGGAUGAAGAGCUGAAGGGCUGGGCGCGCCACUUCGAUGAAGAGUCUUCAGCAGAUUACUACGAGGCUCCGGGUGGAGACGUCCAGUGGCACCUCCCGUCGCGGUUCCCCGUGCCUCCCUCCACAGAAAAUUCAACGAUGAUAGAUCUGGCGAUCACGGGCGAGGCCUGGAAUGAAGAUGCGGCCGUGCAGCGCGUCGUGCCGGUCAAACCCGGCACGGACCCAAAGGUCGCGGCGACACGCAUCUGCCAGGGUUAUGGGAUCCUGAACUGGCACUGCGUCGACGCGCUGACGGCGCAGAUUACCGAGGCGGCCUCCGCCGAGACCACGCCGGCGCCGCCUGUGCGGAAGCCGCCGCCGCCGCCGCCUCCAGAAUUAUCGCAGAUCGUCGAGACGACGCCAGAGACGCCCGCGGCAGCGGCGCCGGCGCCCAAGUCGCCGGUCCAGCGCCUCAAGGAGCUGAAGGAAGCCUUCGAGGGCGGGCUGAUUACCGAAGAAGCGAUGGAGAAGAAGCGGGACGAGAUCCUGGCGGCGAUGUAGUCCACUGUACGUGCGCGCGCGGUGCGACGCGAACAGCGAAAGACGAGCCGUUAUGAUCAUG